CUGUCAAAGAAACUCUUCCGGAACUGUUGUGAAAUGAACAUUAACGCUUUUGGAAAUGGCGGUAGUCACUCUUCGUUGCUGGGCUCUGUGCACAGCGUCUCUGCUAAACUCGCUAUUUGUCUUCAUAUCAGGCGCAGACUUCAUUCGCUUUGUAUCGUUUCGAGCCAUUUACCACAACAUCACCGGAGAGACGCCGUUCUGUCAGGACACCAUACCAUGGUCGGUGGCUCUUUCUGAUGGCUCAGUCCUGAGGUCUCUCAUUGUGGAUCUGUGCCUGAUGGCUCUCUUCAUCACACAGCACAGUCUGCUUGCCUGGUCUCCGGUCAAGCAGGCUUUGCAGUCAGUGCUGGGGCCCCUGAACCGGACUGCAUACUGCUUCACCACGGCCCUGGCCCUGCAGGUUUUGAUACGCCUCUGGCAGCCUGUGACCAGCGCCCCCUGCCUGUGGUCAGUCCGGGACCCCCCCUGGAGUGUCUGGUUCCCCCUGCUCUGCUUCAUACUGCACUUCCUGUGCUGGGCCAUCAUCUGCAGCAUCCUCAUGAUUUUUGAUUAUCCAGAACUUCUGGGCAUCAAGCAGGUGUAUUACGAUUGUCUGAGCUUGGGGGACCCCCUGUUGCAUAAAGCCUCUGGAGCGCGGCGCCUCCUGUCCCACUACCGCCACCCGGUGUGCGUGGAGCUGGCUGUGGUGCUGUGGCUCCUGCCCUCCUUAUCUUUGGACCGGCUGCUGUUAGCAGGGACGCUGUCGGCGUACCUGGCUGCGGCGCAUUCUCUGGACAAACACGACUUGGCUUAUGUCUGCGGGCAGAUGAGCAGCAGGAUGCAGAUCUUUGCAGAGCCGCAUGGCAGCGGUGCAGCCGAGCGCGAAGACGGCAACUAUAAGGAGAAGUGAGGUCAAAGUCAAAGCUGACGUUGGGAUUCACUUUGACCUUUAGGGGAACCACUUUUUGACCCUUUAUCACUAACUUUUUACACAAACUUUUUACAUUUUUUUAACAACAUUUCAAACUAAAGUUGAAAGUACAGAAAAUUAGGGCCACAAUACAAGAAAAUAAUUAAAUGUAUUUUAUGAUAAAGUCGUAAAAUGAUAAUAGAGAAAUAUCAAAAUUGUACAAGAACAAAGUAAUAUAUUUAUGCUUUUGCAAAAGAGCCAGGCUUUUUUAGUUAAUAAAAUGUUAUACUUAGCCUUUAAAAGGCUUCAACCAAGACAAUUGAACAUUACACCUUUUUAAUUUAUGAUUCAGGACGUCAUUCUGUUUAAGGAUCUCGCUGAAUCUGCUUUACUUUUUUGCAAUUGUACAGCUUUAUUUUAAUGAAAUUACAUCUUUAAUUUUGGAAAAAAAAGUGCCCUAUAGUUGUAAAAUGACAACUUUUGAAAUCAUAAAUUUACUACUUUAAUGUAAAAAUUGGACUGUUUUACUCAUAAUUCUUCAACUGUAUUCUCUUUUUUUUAUGGCGACUGAUACUUAGUUGUAAAAGCAAACAUAACAAACACAAAAUAAACUUUUUUCAUUUAAAUUGUUUCUGUUAGUGAACAAAGAUGCCUUUUUGUUAAAAUCUUUCAAAUGUGUUUCAAUAUGGUGACAUUUUUAAAUGUUUUUCUAAUCUGUUACACUUUUUUAUCUGAAUUCAAGCAGAACAUGAGGUUUUGAGGUUUCUGAGGUUUUUGUUUCCUAAAUGUAAAGAUAAAUUUAAGGAAAUCUCAGUAUUUUGUAGGAAUUAAAAAUAAAUAUACAUUAACUUGAAUGUUGAAUUUCACUUGAUUUAGGCUCUUGUGUGUAAACUUUGUGUGUGUUUGUGUGUGUAUGUGGUCACAUGACCCCAUUGAUCAAAAUGGGAAAAGUUCAACAGUUGUUGAAACACAUCUUGUAAGGCUUUUUAAAAAAAUAAAAUCUUUUCAAAACCAAAAA